AUGUCUGCCUUGUUGACUGAAUCAACUGCAGUUUUGAAAGAGCGUGCCGCUCAGGUGGGGUUGCCAGAUGAUGCAUUGCAACGGCUGCUUGACCAGGGCGUCGACACUCUGGCCAAACUGGCGUUUGCCCCUGGUCAUCCCGGGGAGUCCCCCAGUGACGAGAAACUCAAGGCCUUAGUUGCUCCAGUAGCUGCCCCCGGGGGUGCAGGUGGUGCCGAGCCCUCUCUUGGUACCGUCGCCGCGGUACGCAGGUUAGUCUUCGAAGCACAAACUUUGGUCGUCAAUGAGACCAAGUGCCUAGUUGAGAAUAAAGAAGAGCAGCCAAAAGAAUUGCCUCCAGCCGAACGGCGUGAUCGCCUGCAGAAACAAGCUGCCCGCCUUGCAGGUGUUGACUUGUCUGGUGUCAACGAGUGCUCGCAUGCAAGCUAUGACCUUUGCCUGAAGCUGAUUUCUGACAACUGUGUCUCGUAUCUUCAGCCUUCGAAGUUUACCUGCCGGCAGGCGGAACUGCGUAUGGAUAAGCCCCGCAAGGAACUUGAUGUCGCGGCCCCGGGCUCGUCCUCUUCCGUGCUCCUUAUCAAGGACCGCGCUGCAGAGCAGCAUUGCGACGUGACGCAUGCCCUUGAUCUAUUCCAGGCCCUGCAUCGUCGCGCGUUGGCCAUGGACUUGUUGGCCUUAGCACGUAUGCUCGCUACCGGUGAAUUGCCGUUGGAUAGCCUCUGGGCUGAUUUGCAGAAGGCUGCUGUGCCUGCUGGCUUGUUGCCGGAGGAAGUGUUGCCUGCCCGGCCUGAUGUUCCCCUUUCAGAAAGUGCAGCUCACCCUGGCGGUAGCAAGCAGCUGACUGUUUUCCAUGCUCUUGAAGUGUUUGCGGGCAGCGCUCGUCUUACUGUGGCCCUUCGUGCCGUGGGCUUGCAAGAUUCCUGUGGCGUCGAUCAUCGGAUCCCCAGGCAUUGCCCUUGUCCCAUGGUCAAACUUGACCUCACUCGCGAUUUUGAUGUACAGCUUUUGCAUGAUAUGAUCGACAACCCUUUUUGUCUUUAUGUGCAUUUUGCACCACCGUGUGGCACGAGCUCCCGUGCUCGCCUGAUCCAAGAGACCGAUCACGAUCCCGAACCGUGUCGGGAUGAUACCUUUCCUGAUGGCCUACCCGGGCUUCCUGAUCGUUUGGCUCAACGUGUGGCUGCGGCCAACCGCCUCUAUGGCGUAACCGCUGCAGCCCUGAAACGGGCGGUUCUUGCUGGCAAGCUUGUCAGCUGCGAGAAUCCCCUGAAUUCUUUCAUGUGGCAGACCACUGCGUGGCGUCAGGGCACCUCCGGUUUGUCCUUGCGGGAAACUGUGUUUGACCAUUGUUGCUACGGGGGCAGCCGCCCCAAGCAUACGUUGUGGGUGCACAACGUGCCAGCCUUCGACCAACUCAGCCUGACAUGCCCUGGCGAGUCCGCCUCCCAUAAGCAUUUGCCUUGGGGUCGUGUGUCUAAGUUCCGCUAUGCUACUAGUGAGGAGACCGCUUACCCGCUUGGGUUGUGCAAGGCGGUCGCCGCACUCCUGCUUGAGGAGCUCUGCCAGCGUGGGUUCCAGCUGCCUGCUCGUUCCCUGUCAGAUGAGGUUCGGCAGCAACAUAGAGCGGCCCAGGUCAGUCUCGGCUCCCAGCCCCGUGGCAAGAAGGUUGCUCCUAUGGUCGCUGAGUUCCGUGAUGUGGUCGUUGUGACAUCUGACCAUGACUUCUUGCCUGCUUCAGCCAAGCUGCCCGUGGCCGUGCCUGUUCCGCCCUCAGCCUCGUGUGACCCGCCUUUGCCAGAGCUGCCCAUGGGUUCUCGUAUAUUGCGUCGUGUUGCACUUGGGGGUGGAGAGACGCCGCGUUCUGGACCUUCAUCCCAGCCAAGCAGUAGGAAUCAGGGAAACCCGAACUGCCCCGUCGAGCAGUUCGCCUCUGUGUGCCUUCAACAGAAAACUAUCUUGGCUGAUGAUGUAACUCAGCUGUUUCAGCUCUUGAAGUCGGAUCGCUUGGCCAGAGGUGCUGGCCUGGAUGAUGAGUUUUCGUGGUCCACAGGGGCCUAUGCACAGGAUCCGAACGUGCCUGACUUGAUGGGCUGUGAGCUGAAGUUCGAGUCCAACAGGACACCAAGCCUCCUCACCGGCAGGGCCCGAGGAGUUCCACCUGAGCUGCAGCAAACGAUUGACUUCUUGGCGUCGGAGGGCAUGCACACCGUUGGUGCCAGUAGGACUGAAGCUUUACGUCAGUGGCUAGGGCGAGCCGCAGAGCUCGACGAGCAAGAACGUGUGUAUAAGGAGACACUGCCCAAGCACUGUGCGAAAACCUUGAGCAAGAAAAGGCUGCUUCUUUUCGGCGAGAUGAUUGAGGCGGCCGGCCACAAUGAUCCGUCGUUGGUUGCGGAUAUGUCUAAGGGUUUUGCUUUAGGAGGUCCGAUCCCCUACUGCCCUGAGUUCCGCGCUAAGCGUACAGCUGCCACCAUGGCGGUCGAUGACCUGCGAGGGUCAGCACAACGAAUGCGGAAGGGCAUCCUAAACUCUACCAAGAGCUCAGGAGAUGAUGUGGUGGAUGCUGAAACUUACCGAGUCACCUUGGACGAGGUGGAGCGGGGGUGGCUGGACGGGCCGCUGAAAGAGAGCGACUUGGGGGCCAGCUCUUUGUUGACCAGGCGCUUUGGCGUUGUGCAGAAUAACAAAACACGGCCCAUCGAUAACUACCUUGAAAGUGGUUUGAAUGCCACAUCUUCAUCGUACGACACAAUCACCGUGCACACCGCCGACUGCAUAGCAUCAGGUUUGGCCCGUCGACUGAGGGCCGAUGCAAAGUGCAGGUUGCACCAACUUCUCUUGAAGUCCUGGGACCUUCACAAGGCCUACAAAAACCUUCCACUAUCCCUGGAGGCGCUAGAGGACAGUUUCUUGUGCGUCUACGACCCAAAAGGGAAAUGUCCCCGAAUUUUCCGACAAAAGGUUCUUCCGUUUGGAUCACGGCACAGUGUGCACGCAUUUUGCCGGGUGUCACUAGGGAUAUGGAAAGUCCUUGUAGUGCUGUUCUUAUGCCACAUCAACGUUUAUUUUGACGACUUUGUGGGUGUGGAGCUGGCUCCUCUGGCCCGCCUCUUCGACAUUGGUGUUUGCCUAGUAUUCCGUUUGUUGGGGUGGGAUGUCGCCGAAGACAAAGAAUCUGUGUUCGACUCCUGUGCAAAAGUGUUGGGGUUGAAGUUCGACUUGUCUGAGUCCCGUCUCGGACGUAUCACUCUGUGUAACACGGAGUCGAGGCGAGACGAGAUCUUCGAGGCCUUGUCCGACAUCCUUUCUUCUGGUUACCUCACGCAAAAGGAUGGCGAGCGCAUCAGGGGCCGACUCCAGUUUGCUGAAAACCAGAUAGCUGGAAAGGUUGCUGGAACAGCCUACAAACAACUGUCGCGGUUUGUGCAACGAGGGGGAGGACACCUGGAUGAGUGCACCAGGGUAGCCCUACUAAGGUUGCGCGAUCGAGUCAACUUCUCACCGCCCAGGGUGAUCUGCGCCAACAUCUUGACUACCAUGCAUCUUUAUGUCGAUGCCUCUUGUGAGGGUGAUAACGUAGGCUUGGGUGGUGUUCUUGUUAAUGAAGUGGGUUCGAAGAUGGGCUUUUUCAGUGACCGCGCGUCUGAGCAUGUGAGACGUCGCAUGAAUCCUGAGAGCGGCAACCCCAUUUUCGAGUACGAAUGCUUAGCCAUCCUUGUCGGACUCAGGUUGUGGGCUCCGCUCAUUCGCAGUACCAACCUCGUUGUGUUUACUGACAACGAGGGUGCCCUGGCCUGUAUGGUUGCCGGAAUUUCAAGCAACAAGUAUGGAGAAGCGAUUGCUCAGCAUGUUCAUGUGCUGUGUGACGAGCUUGGGCUUAACAUCUGGUUUGAACGCGUGAACACCUGCUCAAACGUGGCAGAUGCCCCCUCACGCGGCUCUAAAGAUCCAGAGCUGGGCAAAGAAUUCACGAUCGAUCUUGAUUCACUCGUUGAUCACGCCUUUGAGUCUUGGGGGUUGUGA